UUAUCUCUUUUGUCUAAAUCCCAAACUCCAAACCCCAUUAAUAAUUUUAUAAUUUUCAAAAGAUUAUAUUUUUAAAUCUUCAAAAGAUUAUAUUUUCAAAUCUUCAAAUGAUUAUAUUUUCAAAUCUUCAGAAGAUUAUAUUUUUAAAUCUUCAAAAUAUUAUAUUUUCAAAUCUUCAAAUGAUUAUAUUUUCAAAUCUUCAAAUGAUUAUAUUUAAAUAAAUAAUUUGAUUUUGUAUAAGUUUAAAUUAGGAAGAAGAGAUUGAUAUUAGAAUUUAAAGAAUUGUGAUUAUAAAUUUUGAGGUUUGAAAUGUUAAGAAUAUUGAGUUUGAGGUUUUGAAUGAAAAAUAAAGGAUUGAGGUUUGGGAUUGGAAUAUGAAGAGUAGAAGAUAGGAAAGAUGGUGUUUGUGGUUUGGGGUUUUUGAUUUUAGAGGUUUAGAAAGAAAACCUCGGUAAUUCCUCGUAAUUUACGACGAAAUAACGAGGAAAGUAGAAAAAAAGAAAUACACGGGCCUCGUUAAUUCCACGUAAGCACAAAUCGUCGUAACGCCCUCGUAAGCUUACGUGGAAUUAACGAGGCUUUCUUUUUUUUUUUUUUUCCUCGUUAUUUCCUCGUAGGUUUACGAGGUUUUAACGAGAUAUGUUGUCUAAACCCCUAAACCCUAAACCCCAAACCCCAUCUUUCUUAUCUAUUUUGUCUAAAUCCAAAACUCCAAACCCCAUUAAUAAUUUUAUAAUUUUCAAAAGAUUAUAUUUUUAAAUCUUCAAAAGAUUAUAUUUUUAAAUCUUCAAAAGAUUAUAUUUUCAAAUCUUCAAAUGAUUAUAUUUUCAAAUCUUCAAAUGAUUAUAUUUAAAUAAAUAAUUUGAUUUUGUAUAAGUUUAAAUUAGGAAGAAGAGAUUGAUAUUAGAAGUUAAAGAAUUGUGGUUAUAAAUUUUGAGUUUUGAUAUGUUAUGAAUAUAUGAAGUAGAAUAUAAGAAAGAUGGGGUUUAAGGUUUGGGGUUUAGAGUUUAGAGGUUUAGAAAAUAACCUCGUUAAUAACUCGUAACUUACGAAGCAUUUACGAGGAACAGAAAGACGGGCCUCGAAAUUUCAUCGUUUUAUUUGGGACGGGCCUCGCAAUUUCCUCGUAAUGUUACGAGGGUUUUACGAGUAACAAAAAGACGGGCCUCGCUAAUUUAUCGUUUAGUUUGGGACGGGCCUCGCAAUUUCCUCGUAAUCUUACGAGGUUUUUACGAGAAAGAGGAACACGGGCCUCUUUAAUUCCUCGUAAACUUACGAGGAAAUUGCGAGACCUCCGUAACUUAUAUAUACAACCUCACAAACCUCACACUGUCCAUUCCUCCCAACUUCCUCUCCACUUCCUCCCCAUUUCGUCUCUAACUCCUUUCCCAUUCCUCUCUCCUCCGAAAAUGGUUCGCCAGCGCAUGCUUACUGCUCACUACAGGGAGAUAUUCGGUGAGCCUGGUAGUCAGUUAGACCCGCCAGGUUCUUCUUCAGGUGCCGGCGGUUCAGGUUCUUCGGAUCAGGAGUCUGUUCCCGAGACUCAGCAUUUCUUCCCUCCGAUUCCUCCUCCGAUGGCUCAGCCUCAGCCGAUGGCUCAGCCGAUGGCUCAGCCGAUGGCUCAGCCGAUGGCUCCUCCGGUGCCUCCUCCGAUGGCUCCUCCUGAGAUCCCCGCCGCUGUUCAUCCCGAUCUCAUGGUGCCACCUACUGUUCCCUUCUCGCAGUACACUGUCGAGGAUAUUCUUGGUAUGCCAGGCAGAGCUGGUUUACCAAUCAUAGACCCCGACAGACCCGACGGGACUUUAUGGUUUGGGGUUGACAAUUCCCUUGCGACAGAUGUAACCGAGACGAUUAAAGGUUACUUCUCCAUGGCGCAUCCAAACUGGAAAUUGACGCCGAUCUACAUCCGAAAGACGUGGUUCAAGAUUUACGCUCAAAAGUAUCAUUGGUCCAUCGGGGUCAGUGAGAGAGUGAGGAAGGCGUUUUACGAAAAGGCGCAAGUUCGCUUGUCGGACACGGUUUGCAACUGGAAGGGUGCCUGGAUCGUCAAGGGGUACACCCGUGGCAAACCCGCUGAGCUUACCACGGAUGUUUGGGACGGCCUCAUCCGUUACUGGAAGGAUCCUAACUCCAUUAGGAUCGCAAACAUUUGUGCUGCCGCCCGUAACACGGUAGACGAGCACGGUAACGGCCCGAUGCUACACUCUACGGGCCAAAAACCACAUGCCGGUGUCCGUUUGAAAAUGGCCAAAGAGUUGGGACGUCUCCCGACUCUUCCGGAACUUUACGAGCGGACCCACAAAAACAAGGCGGGCCAGUUUUUAGAUGGCAAGUCCGAGCAAAUCUACAACAACGUAAUUGCUCGGGUUGAGGAGCGCCAGACUCAGCUGACCCAGCAGUCCGGCGACGGAUUACCAGUUACCUUAUCCACAACUGAAGUGGAUAAGAUUUACGAGGAGGUUGUCCCUAAGAAAAAGGGACGUACGUUGGGGAUCGGUUCCGUCAAUGAUGUCCCGAGAGCGACAUCAUCUUAUGCUCAGAGACAGACCGAAGAAGUCACUCAGUUGCGUUCCGAGCUGGGCGCGACCAAAAGCCGUGUGAGUGGACUCGAAGCCUUCAUCGACGUUAUAGCGUCCACAAAUCCGGAAUGGGAAGCUUUGUUGAGGAACAUGAAACAACAAAAUCCCAUUCCAGGCGAGUCAUCGGGCACACAUAACGAGGAGGAUGUUACGAGGAGGAGCGAGGAAUUCUACGAGGCGAUGAACGAGCCUUAGUUUUUUUAGUUUUUUUUCGGUUUAUGUAUUAUAAAAUCCAAAACUUAAUUAUAUAUAAAAUAUUUUCUUGCUUGUGAAUUUUAUUUAAAAUUUAUUUAUAAAUCCAAUAUUUAAAUAUUUUUAUUUUGUUAAA